AUGGCGUCUCUACCUGAACUCGCGUCACUUGCGCGCUCCAAGAUCAUGGAGUGGAGCGUGGUGUCGAGCUCAACGUCGUGGAUGCAGUUCAUCUCCUGGUGCUUCUUGGCACUGGCGCUGUCCUUCUUCCUACCCCUCGUGGCCCUCAUAUGCUUCGACUUCCUUCUCUGGGUCUGCCGCCUGAUCCGGCCGCCCACCACUACCACCAACCCGUCAAGGAGACGACGGCGCGAGUCACUUAAGCACCCGGUCUCCACGUCCUAG